AUGCAGAAAGAAUACGUUGCUAUGAACCUCCAGUGCGCAUUGUUGUUCGCAUAUUUCGCUGCGGCUGAGGUCUUGGCGCAGAGCCGCAGAUGGACACCGAGCUUUCACUGGACAGAAAAAAUGACCAUAAAAAACCCGGACAACAGCCCUUACUUCAACUACCCAGAUCUUGGGUCUCUGCAAGAUGCAUGGAAGGUCCUAGAACAAACGUCAAAUAAUACGUAUUUUUUGUUGUUUCGCACCGACGCUUCCGUUUAUGAGAGAUGUAUCUUCACAUCAGCAAAUAUCACAGACAAAACGAACAAAACCGCAAAUUACACAAUAAUGAGUUACGAUACGAGAAGAAAGAAAUACGAGAAUGUCACACUACAAGUGAGAGCUCUGAAUCAAACUGACUACCCGCUUGAAAACGUCAUAAGGGCAAAUUUCAAUGCCGGAACACUCCCAAAAGCUACUCCGGCUCCCCCAGGAAGCUACAAGUUCGCUCAGUAUGAUAACUCCACCUGUUAUUCCAGAAGUACUCCCUUUCCUGAUAGAGGAAAUGCUGGAUAUGGUGAUUAUACGGGGAAAAUUCUAGAUGAAUUGUUUCCCUAUCCGGAAAGUGCUGACGAUUUUGAAAUGUAUGUGGUAUACAACGAGCCGCAAUGUUAUAUCCUUAGGAGUCCGGCAGCCGCAGGAGGAUGCGACUUGUGGCUUAGAAAAACCGAGCUGAAAAAAAUAGUGGAGGACGCGGGAAAUCAGAUUAAAAACAAAGAAAAGGAACUGACGGACAAGAAAAAGAAAGAAUUGGGAAUCGAUGAAAACUGCACUCCGACAGAUUUUCAAAAACUACAGUUAGAACCUUACGUAGAAGCUGGCAUUGGAAGAUGGUUUCAAGACAUCGCAUGGAAACAGAUUUCCCUCGACUGCGUUCUCGCCUACAUGAUAACCUGUGGUGAGCCAAUAUUUAGAGUUUACAAUCCGAUAACCUGUAAUACCACACUAACAGGGCAAUAA